AGCAGAAUUUCCGUAUGUAACCAAAACGAAAAGAAAAAAAAAAACGAAGAAGCAGAAGGAAAGUGAAGCAGAUUGAGGUUAGAAGAUAGGGGUGAAGCUGAAGUGGGUUCGUGUUGUGUGUUGGAAUUCAAACGAAUCUGCGAUCGAUCGGAAGAUGACGGUGUUCCACUUCUUCAACUGUGCGAUUCUCACCUUCGGCCCUCACGCCGUCUAUUACUCCGCCACACCCUUAUCGGAGUAUGAUACCCUUGGCACUUCUAUCAAAACCGCGGUUGUUUAUCUCGCCACAGCAUUAGUCAAGCUUAUUUGUUUGGCUACGUUUCUUAAGGUUUCUGAGAGUGAUAGCUUUGACCCCUAUCAGGAAAUUUUGAAGGCAUUAAUAGGUUUCAUAGAUGUUGCUGGGCUUUACUUUGCCCUGACCCAGUUGACUCACAGGAACAUCUCUCAAAAUCAUAAAUUUCAAGCUGUUGGACUUGGCUGGGCGUUCGCUGAUUCUGUACUGCAUAGAUUGGCUCCUCUUUGGGUGGGUGCUAGAGGAUUAGAAUUUACUUGGGAAUACAUUUUGCAGGGCCUUGAGGCUAAUGCAAAUUUGGUGUUGAGCAUAUCCCUCGCUGCAUUGGGAUCUUUGAUGUGGCUCAGGAAAAAUAAACCGAAGACCCUCAUUCCUAUCAUAUACUUGUGUGCUGGGAUUGUGGCAACCAUGCCAUCUAUCACAAGCUAUCUGAGGCGAGGGUUGGGGUGGCAUUUGCCCAAAGUGGUUGGUUUUGAGCUCUUCACAUCGUUGGUGAUGGCUUUUAUCAGUUGGCAACUGUUUGCUGUAUGUCAGAGACCUUCAGUGUGAGAAAGACCAUUACCGAAUCAGAGUCCUGCUUAAACUCUUUUCUGGCUGGAGUUUUGAUUCGGGCUCUGCUUCUUUUGCAGCUGCUACGCUGUUUCUUUAAAAUUUACCAAGUUAAAUGCUAUAUCAAUUGUUAUUUCUUAUUAGUUUAAUUUAUUCGACACACUUGUCUAUGCUUCUUGUGGUAGAAUGUUGUCUGCAGUUCCAUUAGAAAAUUUUGUUCAGCAGAAAAUGAGGUGCUAUUCGGAUGAUAUAUUUUCAAACAAUUUCUCAUAUAA